ACAUAGUAGUAGACAAGGAACUAGAGGAAGAGACCGAGAGAGAGUGGACAUUUGUGUAAUGAGAGCUUUCGCCGUAUUGAAUCGGCGACGAUUUUCUGAACAAAUUUUGAAUCUCUCUCUGGCUUUUUGAGUACAUUGUACUCUUCAUCUUCUUUGGUUCAGAAACCGACGGCGUUUCUGAGCUAGAAACCGAUGGAGGCGCGUGCCGGCAUGGUUGCCGGAUCCUACAGGAGGAACGAGCUUGUCCGGAUCCGACACGAUUCCGAUGGCGAGCCCAAACCCUUGAAAAACCUGAAUGGACAGAUAUGUCAGAUCUGUGGUGAUGGGGUUGGACUUACUGAAAAUGGUGAUGUGUUCGUAGCUUGUAAUGAAUGUGCAUUCCCCGUAUGUCGACCUUGUUAUGAGUAUGAGAGGAAAGACGGAACUCAGUGCUGUCCACAAUGUAAGACUAGGUACAGACGACACAAAGGCAGUCCUCGUGUUGAAGGAGAUGAAGAUGAAGAUGAUGUUGAUGAUCUCGAGAACGAGUUCAAUUACUCUCAGGGGAAUAACAAGGCGAGACAUCUGCGUCAUGGUGAAGAGUUCUCAUCGUCUUCCAGACAUGAAUCUCAACCAAUUCCCCUUCUCACCCAUGGCCAUACGGUUUCUGGGGAGAUUCCUUGCGCUACUCCUGAUACACAAUCUGUUCGAACUAUGUCAGGUCCCUUGGGCCCUCCUGACAGGAAUGCUGCUUCAUCUCCAUAUGUUGACCCAAGACAACCUGUCCCUGUAAGAAUUGUGGACCCUUCCAAGGAUUUGAACUCUUAUGGUCUUGGAACCGUUGACUGGAAAGAAAGGGUUGAAGGCUGGAAGUUGAAGCAGGAGAAGAAUAUGAUACAGGUAAAUGGUAAAUACCAUGAAGGGAAGGGAGGAGAAAUUGAAGGGACUGGUUCGAAUGGCGAAGAACUCCAAAUGGCUGAUGAUGCUAGGCUUCCUAUGAGCCGUAUCGUGCCUAUCCCAUCCUCCCACGUGACACCAUAUCGAGUUGUGAUUGUUCUUCGGCUUAUCAUCUUGGGAUUCUUCUUGCAAUACCGUACAACUCAUCCCGUCAAAGAUGCAUAUGCCUUGUGGUUGACAUCAGUUAUUUGUGAGAUCUGGUUUGCAUUUUCUUGGCUUCUUGACCAGUUUCCAAAGUGGUAUCCCAUUAACAGGGAGACUUAUCUCGACAGGCUCGCUUUAAGAUAUGAUCGGGAAGGUGAACCUUCGCAGCUAGCUCCUGUUGAUGUGUUUGUUAGUACGGUGGACCCGAUGAAAGAACCUCCUCUUGUAACAGCUAACACGGUUCUCUCAAUUCUUUCUGUGGACUACCCGGUUGACAAAGUAGCUUGUUAUGUUUCUGAUGAUGGUUCAGCUAUGCUAACCUUUGAAGCCCUCUCUGAAACUUCAGAGUUUGCAAAGAAAUGGGUUCCUUUCUGCAAGAAGUUCAACAUUGAACCUAGAGCCCCCGAGUUUUAUUUUUCCCAAAAGAUAGAUUACUUGAAAGACAAGAUCCAACCGUCUUUUGUUAAAGAGCGACGUGCAAUGAAGAGAGAGUAUGAGGAGUUUAAGGUGAGGAUCAAUGCCCUUGUGGCCAAAGCACAGAAGAUGCCUGAAGAAGGCUGGACAAUGCAGGAUGGUACUCCGUGGCCUGGUAAUAACCCGAGAGACCAUCCGGGAAUGAUCCAGGUGUUCUUAGGUCACAGUGGAGGCCUUGAUACUGAUGGAAAUGAGCUGCCUAGGCUCAUCUACGUUUCUCGUGAAAAGCGACCUGGAUUUCAGCAUCACAAGAAGGCUGGAGCUAUGAAUGCACUGAUCCGUGUUUCAGCUGUUCUUACCAACGGGGCGUAUCUGUUGAACGUGGAUUGUGAUCACUACUUCAACAACAGCAAAGCUCUUAAAGAAGCAAUGUGUUUCAUGAUGGACCCUGUUAUCGGAAAGAAGUGUUGCUAUGUGCAGUUCCCACAACGUUUUGAUGGUAUUGACUUGCACGAUCGAUAUGCCAACAGAAACAUCGUGUUCUUUGACAUUAACUUGAAGGGGUUGGAUGGUAUCCAGGGUCCAGUUUAUGUGGGUACUGGUUGUUGUUUCAAUAGGCAGGCUCUGUAUGGUUAUGACCCUGUCUUGACAGAAGAAGAUCUUGAACCGAAUAUUAUUGUGAAGAGUUGUUGCGGGUCAAGGAAGAAAGGAAAGAGCGGCAAGAAGAGUAAUUACGACAAAAAGAGAGGAGGAAUCAUCAAAAGAAGUGACUCGAAUGCUCCCCUUUUCAAUAUGGAAGACAUCGAAGAGGGUUUCGAAGGCUAUGAUGAUGAGAGGUCACUUCUAAUGUCUCAGAAGAGUCUCGAGAAGCGUUUUGGCCAGUCUCCGGUAUUUAUAGCAGCUACCUUCAUGGAACAGGGCGGUAUUCCACCAACGACCAAUCCCGCAACUCUUCUGAAAGAAGCAAUUCAUGUUAUCAGCUGCGGUUACGAGGACAAGACGGAAUGGGGCAAAGAGAUCGGUUGGAUCUACGGUUCUGUGACAGAAGAUAUUCUUACCGGGUUCAAAAUGCAUGCCCGAGGCUGGAUGUCGGUAUACUGCAUGCCUCCACGGCCUGCAUUCAAGGGUUCUGCACCAAUCAAUCUUUCGGAUCGUCUCAAUCAAGUUCUUCGAUGGGCUUUGGGUUCUAUCGAGAUUCUGCUGAGUAGACAUUGUCCCAUAUGGUAUGGUUACAAUGGAAGGUUGAAGCUUUUGGAGAGACUCGCCUACAUCAACACCAUCGUCUAUCCUAUUACUUCCAUCCCGCUGAUAGCUUACUGUAUGCUCCCAGCUUUUUGCCUCAUCACCAACAAGUUCAUCAUACCCGAGAUAAGCAAUUUCGCUAGCAUGUGGUUCAUUCUGCUUUUCAUAUCAAUCUUUGCGACGGGAAUCUUGGAGCUAAGAUGGAGCGGAGUGAGCAUCGAGGACUGGUGGAGGAAUGAGCAGUUCUGGGUCAUCGGUGGAACUUCUGCCCAUCUCUUUGCCGUCUUCCAAGGUCUCCUCAAAGUCCUCGCGGGUAUCGACACCAAUUUCACAGUCACUUCCAAAGCCUCUGAUGAAGACGGAGACUUUGCCGAGCUCUACGUCUUCAAAUGGACGUCGCUUCUCGUCCCUCCCACCACAGUCUUGAUCGUGAACCUUGUUGGGAUCGUGACUGGCGUCUCUUACGCCAUAAACAGCGGGUACCAGUCCUGGGGCCCACUCUUCGGGAAGCUAUUCUUCGCCCUUUGGGUCAUUGCCCAUUUGUACCCUUUCUUGAAGGGUCUCUUGGGGAGACAGAACAGAACUCCAACCAUUGUCAUUGUCUGGUCCAUCCUUCUUGCAUCCAUCUUCUCCUUGCUCUGGGUUCGGAUCAACCCCUUCGUCUCAACCACCUCGAGCACCAAUGUCAAUGGCCAAUGCGGCGUCAACUGUUAGAUCGGUAUUCCCUCGUCUGUCAUGAUAUCAUCUCAACAAGCUCACACUAUCUCCAGGAAAAACCCUAAACCUGGGGGGGGGGGGGGUCUUGUAAGGACUUCGAAGUGUUUUCAUGGGAACUUGUUCGGUUGGAAUUUGUAGUUUUGUGUUCGCACUCUUUGUAUUGUAACGUUAAAUUAUGUAACUUUAUAUGGAAAAAUGUGAUCUGUUAUUCUUUCUUAAA